UUCAAAUUUCAAAACAAACCUCAACUAUUUGGCUUCAACAUGCAAGUGUGCAAGUGUAUGUGCCAGCUAGUUGGUGGCUACUACACACACCAGCGGGCUUAGGAAAAACACAAAUACGAUGGACGCGGAGGAAAAGCACAAAUCUCCUCGCAACGCGAGCGUUACAGGAUCUUUCAAACUGCCGAAGAUUGAAGAUUUCGUCAUUUUAAAACCUAUCAGCCGCGGUGCUUUUGGCAAAGUCUAUCUUGCACGGAAGAAAUGCAACGCCCGCUUGUAUGCCGUUAAGGCCAUGAAUAAAGCGGACAUGGUGGAUAAAAACAUGACGGGCCAAAUGAAGGCAGAGAGAGAUGCCCUGGCUUUGAGCAAAAGUCCCUUCGUGGUUCACCUGUUUUAUUCUCUCCAGACGGCCACCAAAAUCUACCUGGUGAUGGAGUACCUCAUUGGAGGAGAUGUGAAAUCUCUCCUUCACAUUUGUGGAUAUUUUGAGCAGGACAUGGCGGUCAAAUACAUCUCCGAGGUUGCUCUCGCUUUGGACUACCUCCACCGCCAUGGCAUCAUCCACAGGGACCUAAAACCAGACAACAUGCUCAUUUCCAACGAGGGUCACAUUAAGUUAACCGACUUUGGGCUUUCCAAGGUGAAGCUUGACGGAGAACUGAAACUUACAGAUAUCCUAAACACACCCUCUGUGUCCAAAACCACAAAUUUCUCACGCACGCCUGGUCAAGUCAUGUCCUUAAUCAGCUCGAUUGGUUUUAACACCCCUGUGGCAGAAAAUAAACGCCACUGCAGCACCUCUGCCGUCUCUUGUGGCAAAAUGAUGGCGAAGAAUAACUGGUUGGGCUCCCCCUCCGUGAGGACAAAGGAGACCAUGAGCUCCCCGGCGCAGAAGCCCUGGAAGAAAGGGCCGCACAACUUCGUGUUCAGUGCGCACAACCUGGCCGUCAAUCUGACGCCCACGCUGAUGAAAACCAGGAAGCGCUUCGAGACCACGAGCGCCGGCAGCACCACCGACACCGAGGGAGGCAUCAGCCCGCUGUGGGAGUGCGAGGAGAAGGAAAAUGAGCAGAACAAACAGAAGGCAAGAGCACAUUUGGAGUCCCACGUGAAGGCUGAUGCAUGCGACCCCCCAGAAACUGCUCUUCGAACCCCCCCACCGUCCUUCAAACGGCCGUUUUCCGACGUGCAGGUGAGCCCAGAGGCUCCGGAGCGCCUCGCUAAGAGGAGCACUGAGCACUACAGACGAUGCCACGACCUUCCCGGCGAGACCGCCGCCAUUCACACCGGCCUCACCGGAGCCUUCUCCGACGUGGCGAUCGUGAUGGCCUCCCUGGGCCCCCUUUCUGUGACUCUUCCAGCGCUCCCCGGCGCUGUGGCCAAGAGCCUCUUUACCCAAAUGGAAAAAUCGCCAGCAGCGGAGGAGGAGCACUUUGACCGCAAGGACUUGUCAGAUUCCAGCUUCACGUCACCGCUUGGCGGCAGAAUUUGUCGGAGUUUGAGUCUGGAUUCUGACAUGUCGGAGACAUCGCUGACGAUCAGCGGCCUCGACCCCGUCAGGCUUCCCGAAAUGAGCGCAACGGGUUCCCCCGAGGAGCUCGCCGAGGCGUCCGCCUCCCCGGCGUCGUCCUUCCUGCGGUCCAAGAACGCGGUGGCGUUCCGGAGCUACUGCAGCUCCAUCAACCGCUCCGACGUGUCGCGGCUCAGCGUGGGCUCGGCCCUGGACGCGUCCUCGCCCGCCGUCGUCCUCGCCACGCCGGUCCAGAGGAAGACCAGCUCCGGCAGCUCGCUCUACCAGACUCCUCAGGCCGUGUCCACCUCGCACACCCCCUUCCGGACUCCCAAAAGUGUGCGACGGGGGGCGCUUCCCGUGGAGGGGGCGCCCAUUUUAGGGACCCCCGACUAUCUGGCCCCCGAGCUGCUUUUGCGGACGUCUCAUGGGAAGUGUCGCUACGACUGCAUGGUGGACUGGUGGGCGCUGGGCGUGUGUCUGUUCGAGUUCCUGGCCGGCGUGCCACCCUUCAACGAUGAGACGCCGCAACUCGUCUUCCAGAAUAUUCUCAACAGAGACAUCCCCUGGCCCGAAGGAGACGAGGAGCUGUCAGACAACGCCAGGAACACCAUCGACAUCCUCCUGACCGUGGACAAGACCAAGCGGGCGGGACUCAAAGAGCUGAAGCGCCACCCGCUGUUCGAGGGCUGUGACUGGGAGAACCUCCACACUCAGCCCAUGCCGUUCAUCCCGCAGCCGGAUGACGAGACGGACACGUCGUACUUCGAGGCCCGGAACAACGCGCAGCAAAUCGUUUUGUCCGCCUUCAGUUUCUAGCCAACACGACGCGUCCCAUUGCCAUCAUUUAAAUGCAGUAACAUGUUCAAAAAACAAAAACAUCUUAUGUGCAAUCACGACUUAUUUGAUGAAAGUAUUUUCUUUUUAUGCCAUUGAGCUCUUAAGGUUUAUUUUAUCAGUUUCCCAUUCAAAAAGAAGCACUGGUUUUGUUUUCCCUUGGCGUUUGUAGAGAAUGUUUAUGAUUGCGGCACUUGCUGUUCAACUGCUAUUAAUAUAUUCAACAGUUCUGUAUUUUUUUGUGUCAAGUGUACUUGUAAAGAUGGUUCAAAUGCUGCUUCCAAAUACAAUCCUGCUGCUUUUUAUGACCUGACACGCUGUCCAGUUCAAAGUUUUAAUGUUUCCCUUGACAGAGAAAAGCAAAUAAAAUGUU